UCCAACGGCGUGCAACAGCUGAAUUCUGCAAUUCCAUGCUGCGAUUGCAUUUGCCAUUGUUUUUCAAAAGGUCCUUCAGCAUGAAGACUCGCCCGAGGCUGGACUACCGCAACAAGCUGAUUUUGGCGCCCAUGGUGCGUGUAGGCACACUACCCAUGCGCCUUUUGGCCCUGGAAAUGGGUGCGGACAUCGUUUACACGGAGGAGCUGGUGGACCUAAAGCUGAUCAAGAGCAUUCGAAGGCCCAAUCCUGCUCUUGGCACCGUGGACUUUGUGGAUCCCUCGGAUGGAACGAUUGUUUUCCGAACUUGUGAGCAGGAAACCUCGCGUUUGGUCCUCCAAAUGGGCACCAGUGAUGCAGGACGAGCUCUGGCCGUAGGCAAACUGUUGCAGCGCGACAUCUCUGGUCUGGACAUCAAUAUGGGUUGCCCCAAGGAGUUUUCCAUCAAAGGCGGCAUGGGCGCCGCCCUGCUCUCGGAUCCCGACAAGGCAGCGCUCAUUCUGCGCACUUUGUGCUCCGGCCUCGACAUUCCCGUCACCUGCAAAAUACGCAUCCUGCCCGACGUGGAAAGUACGAUCGAUUUGGUGCAAAAGCUAGCCGCCACAGGUAUUGCAGCGAUUGGUAUUCAUGCGAGAACGCGCGACGAACGACCUCAGCACCCUGCUCAUCCCGAAGUUCUGCGUGCGGUGGCCAAAGCAGUGGACAUACCAAUUAUAGCCAAUGGUGGCUCGAAGAGCAUGCACUGCUACGAGGAUCUGCACAAAUUCCAGGCGGAUUGCGGUGCCCACAGUGUGAUGGUGGCCCGUGCCGCGCAGCAGAAUGUGAGCAUCUUCAGGAAGGAGGGUCCGCUGCCCAUGGACGAGCUGAUUGAGAAGUACCUGCGAUUGUGCGUUGACUACGACAAUGCGCCGCACAACGCCAAGUACUGUGUGCAGAGUAUUCUCAGGGAACUGCAGGAAACGCCGCGCGGUAAGCGCUUUCUCCAGUGCCAAACACUUCAGCAGAUUUGCGAGAUUUGGAACCUAGGCGACUACUGCCGCAGGAAGCAGAGGGAACUCAAGACGAUGGGUAACUCGGGUAGGGCGGAGGUGGAGCCACCCGAGGCGCAGGCCAAGCGACAGAAGCUAGAGGAGGCGGCCACGGCCAUUUCGGAUGAGUUUGUGGGCGUCAUUUGCCGGAACAUGCCCUUUCUGCGUUCCACUUUUCCCAGUGAUAACCAUUUGCCGAAGACGCAGCUCUAUGUUUAUGCUGGGAAAGCUGGCAAAUCGCCUCCAGUCUACGAAACGCAGCAGUGCGACAAGUUGUUCCGCUCUAUUUGCAGCUACGAUGGCCAGCGAUUUAGCAGCUCUUUUUGGGAGAAGAACAAGAAGCAGGCGGAACAGGGAGCCGCUCUGGUGGCCCUACUCCACCUGGGCCACUUGGAGGCGGAGGCUUUGCGCGAUAAUGGCAGCCUGCUCAAUUGACCACCUUAGCUUGUUAUCUGUUUGCCCAUUUGUGUUAAAUUGGUACCUUCUCGACUAUGUGCGAACUACUUUGUCAGGUCUUCAAUUGUAUGAUUUUUGCAAUGCGAAUUGCAGCUUCCUUUUAUGUUUAAAGUAGUUGAAUACUAGUGUUACUUGAACAUAAUUGGGUUCAAAUUAUGUAUAUUUUCUCAAUAAAGAAAAGUUCAAAAAUGUUA